AUCUCACUUGCUAAUUGUCCGCGGGUUCCGAGCCAGCCUGCAAAAGGGCUCGCGUCAACUCUCCCGUUAAUUCAGCUAUUUUUUAUUCAAUUGCGCGCAACAAACUUCAAGAUGGCGACCGAAUCUUCUCUUUCGCUCUUCGACAAAUUUCCCGUUCCCACCCUCGACCGGCCAUUCGGCAUUCACUUAUGGCCCUACUUCAGCAAGGGCUUCGAGUAUGUCGUCGGCUAUCCCGCUGAGGACUUCAGGUUCAUCCCUGGGACUACCCCAAUGUCGACCCUGAAGGAGACGGGCCUCUUUGUCAUUCUCUAUUAUACCAUCAUCUUCGGCGGUCGCGAGAUUAUGCGCAACCGCGAACCGUUCAAAUUGCGGUCCCUCUUCCUGAUCCACAACUUCUACUUGACUGCCAUUAGCGGCAUCUUGUUGGUCCUCUUCAUCGAGCAACUCCUAGGGACGGUGGUCCGACGGGGCAUCUUCUACGCCAUCUGCGACACCGGGGGCGGAUGGACUCAACCCCUGGUUGUCCUGUACUACCUGAACUACCUGACCAAGUACCUCGAGUUGCUAGACACAUGCUUCCUGUUCCUCAAGAAGAAGCCCCUGACCUUCCUCCACUGCUAUCACCACGGGGCGACUGCCGUUCUCUGUUACACCCAGCUGAUUGGUUCGACCGCCGUCUCUUGGGUUCCUAUCACCCUUAACUUGACAGUGCACGUGGUCAUGUACUGGUACUACUUCCAGAGCGCUCGUGGCAUCCGCAUCUGGUGGAAGGAGUGGAUUACCCGUCUUCAGAUCAUCCAGUUUGUCAUUGAUCUUGGUUUCGUCUACUUCGCUUCUUGGACAUACUUCACCUCGACUUAUUUCCAGUGGCUGCCCAGUGCUGGCGAGUGUGCCGGAGAGGAGUUCGCGGCCUUCGCCGGCAUCGGCAUUCUCAGCUCAUAUCUGCUCCUCUUCAUCUCCUUCUAUUUGGCUACAUAUCGCAAGGAUGGAAAGCGACCCAGCGGGCGAAAAGCCACUCGGCGGAUGAGCCAGGCCCCGCUUCCCGACCCGCACGAUAUCAUCUACCGCAAGUCGGCGAACAGCGGGGCCAAGUCGACCAGUAUGAAGCCCGAUGGCUCCGCUCCCCGCUCGCGCAAGGCCUAGGUCGGACAUUGUUGGAAAAUCCGGUCCCUCGAGUGUCGAGCUUUAGCUAUCUAUCACAUUGUGCCUUCCUGGGCCGUCACCUCGACUGGAUACGAACUCGUGACAGCAAACCUUUGGAAGGGAAGGGGGCCACCUGGCGCUUCAACACGCAUGGCCACCUCGUCCACUGAGAGCUCCUUGAUCUUUCCUCCUUGCGACUAGAGGGAGAAAGACUUUCGAUACGGUAUUACUUGC